CUCCCUUGUUACAUGUGUACUCCCAGCAAGGAAGACGAAGUCGACUUCCGGAAAAACAUAAACACAUGGAGUGAUUAACCUACCGAGGGUCAGCCAUGACGAGGUGGGCGAGGGCCAACAACAUCCACAAGAACAAGCCCGCAGAGGCGACUCCAUGGAGUCAGCUGAAGGCGAGAGGUGGUUCCAAAGGAGAACCUCAGAGGAACCACGCCACAGGACCUCAGCCAGGCGGCUCUGGAGUUAAAAAGCCCAACAGAAAGAAGAAGGACUACACCAAUGAGGAUGUGAACGGCUUUCUGGAGUAUUUGCAGCAGAGCGGACAGCCGGUGCCUGGCGGGGAGAAAGAUGGGCGGCAGGCAGAGAAGGAGCUGAGGGAGGAGGUGGAGGUGGCGUUGAAGAAAGACAGGAGGAGAGAAGACAGAAGGGUGAAGCGGCAGACGGACAAGAAGAAUAAAAUGCUGUGCUUCAACUGCAGGAAGCCAGGUCAUGGCCUAGCCGACUGUCCCGAGGCCGAGCGGGACGAGGAGAUGGGUCGAGGCAUUUGCUACCGCUGCGGCUCCACCGAGCACGAGAUCCAGAGGUGCAGGGCUAAAGUGGACCCGGCCGUCGGUGACUACCCGUACGCCAAGUGCUUCAUCUGUGGUCAGACGGGACACUUGUCACGCUCCUGCCCGGACAACCCAAAAGGGCUCUACGCUAAAGGAGGAAGUUGUCGAGUUUGUGGAUCAGUGGAACAUUUCCAGAAGGACUGUCCAGAACAUCAAAGCUCAAGUCACUCAUUGACGGUGGGCUGGCUGUCCAACAACAUGAGUGCAGACCAUGAGGAGGUCUACGUUCCGGUGAAGAAAAGCCAACCCAAGCAGACCAAAGUGGUCGUCUUCUGAUGACACACAUUUGCAGGUCACCUGACUUGUGAUGUCAGCGACUGCGCUUUUUGUAGUAGAUAUUUGAAUAAAACAUGGAUUCUGUUUUCA